AUGGAAGAGAAUCAUCGGUUGCAAGUCAUUGAAGAAGGUCCAUAUGCUGAUCCAGGGCGAUAUCGUCGUCUUGUCGGACGCUUAGUGUAUCUCACGGUUACAUGUCCUGAUCUUACUUAUGUUAUUCAUAUUCUUGCACAGUUUCUCAAGAAACCGCAGGUCAAACAUUGGGAAGCAGCACUUCGGGUGGUUCACUAUCUUAAAGGCUGUCCUGGACAAGGGAUUUUGUUGACUGCUAAUACUGAUCUUACACUCUCUUCUUAUUGUGAUGCUGACUAUCAGACCUGUCCUCGUACUCGCCGCUCAUUGUCUGGUUAUGUUAUACUUCUAGGUGGGUCUCCUAUUGCGUGGAAAAUAAAGAAGCAAAAGACAGUUUCACUCUCUUCUGCUGAAGCAGAGUAUCGGGCGAUGCGUUACACGACUGGUGAAUUGAAGUGGGAACAUGAACUUCUAUCCUACUUUGGGGUUCGACAUGAUACUGCUAUACCACUUUUCUGUGAUAAUCAAGCUGCUCUACAUAUUGCAGCAAACCCUUUUUUUCAUGAGCGUACUAAGCACAUUGAUGCAGAUUGCCAUUUUGUACGAGACGCACUCAAGGCUGGGCUUAUUGCGACCUUCAAGAUACACACUUCCAACCAGGUUGCUGAUAUUUUCACUAAGUCUCUUGGCGGUCCACCAUUUUCUUAUCUUUUGCGCAAGUUGGGCAUUCGGGAUCUUCAUGCGCUAACUUGA